AACGUACUCGUAGCAAGUACUAACUACUACUCCGUAAGUAGUUGUAGCUGAUUUUUGUACGCUUUGUUCACUUCCAAAACCACACUUCCGUUUCCUUUGCCAACUCUCUCAGGCGCCGUCUCUAAUCCAAUCGCUCUGUUUCCCCCCUCAUUUUGGUUUCUCAAUCUCAGGCCAUCAUCUUUCUCCCUGUUUUUUAAAGACUCAAUUUUUCCUACUGUUUGACAACAGCUACCGCUUCAGCCGUUCCAAUGCAAGCCCACUCAGUCACUUCACCCACUUCUACUCUCACGCCGGCGGCCGCCCGCCACUUUUCCGCCGCAAUCCGCCGGACCAGUUUCUCCCCAUGUAGGCCCCACGCAAGAAAUCCCACCACAUUCGCUGCCAAAGCCGCCCCAGAAACAGUCCCGCCUCCGCCCCAGCCCGGCGCCUCCUCCGUGAAGCUGAACAAGUACAGCUCGCGCAUCACGGAGCCCAAGUCACAGGGCGCCUCGCAGGCCGUGCUCUAUGGGGUGGGUCUCUCCGAUGAUGAUAUGGGCAAGCCCCAAGUUGGGAUUUCAUCCGUCUGGUACGAGGGGAACACUUGCAAUAUGCACUUGCUCAAGCUCGCGGAGGCUGUGAAGGAGGGUGUCACAGAGGCCGGCAUGGUAGGGUUCAGGUUCAAUACUAUUGGGGUCAGCGAUGCUAUUUCAAUGGGGACCAGAGGGAUGUGCUAUAGCCUUCAGUCAAGGGACUUGAUUGCUGAUAGUAUUGAGACUGUCAUGUCUGCUCAGUGGUACGAUGGAAACAUAUCUAUCCCUGGCUGCGACAAAAAUAUGCCAGGUACAAUUAUGGCAAUGGGGCGGCUGAAUAGGCCCAGCAUUAUGGUUUAUGGUGGAACUAUCAAGCCAGGUCAUUUUCAAGGGCACAGCUUUGACAUAGUCUCUGCCUUCCAGGUUUACGGGGAGUACGUAAGUGGUUCUGUUAGUGAUGAACAUAGGAUGGAUGUGAUUCGCACUUCAUGCCCUGGAGCAGGGGCCUGCGGUGGAAUGUAUACAGCAAAUACUAUGGCGUCUGCUAUAGAGACAAUGGGGAUGUCCCUUCCUUACAGCUCGUCCACACCGGCUGAAGAUCCUUUGAAGUUGGAUGAGUGUCGUCUUGCUGGCAAGUACCUUCUUGAUUUACUGAAGAUGGACUUGAAACCCCGAGACAUUAUUACGCCAAAAUCAUUGCGAAAUGCUAUGGUAAUGGUUAUGGCAUUAGGUGGGUCUACCAAUGCUGUUCUACAUUUAAUUGCUAUUGCAAGGUCUGUUGGGUUGCAACUACAUCUUGAUGACUUCCAAAAGGUUAGCGAUGAGGUUCCUUUCCUAGCAGAUUUAAAACCUAGUGGAAAAUAUGUCAUGGAGGAUUUGCACAAGAUUGGAGGCACACCUGCUGUGAUUCACUACCUAUUGGAGCUUGGGCUGUUAGAUGAGGAUUGUAUUACUGUUACGGGAAAGAUGCUUGGUGAAAAUGCAAAGUUAUUCCCUUCUUUGGCAGAGGGUCAGAAAAUAAUAAGACCUUUGUCUAAUCCCAUCAAAGAAACUGGUCACAUUCAAAUAUUAUAUGGAAACCUUGCACCGGAGGGUUCUGUAGCAAAAAUAACUGGAAAGGAAGGACUGUUUUUCUCAGGCCCCACUCUUGUCUUUGAAGGAGAAGAAUCCAUGAUUGCAGCAAUCUCAGAAGACCCUAUGAGUUUUAAGGGGAAGGUAGUAGUCAUUAGAGGGGAGGGCCCUAAGGGAGGACCAGGAAUGCCUGAAAUGCUAACACCAACCAGUGCAAUAAUGGGAGCAGGUCUUGGAAAGGAUGUUGCAUUGCUUACUGAUGGACGGUUUUCUGGAGGCUCCCAUGGAUAUGUUGUUGGGCACAUAUGUCCCGAGGCACAGGAAGGAGGUCCAAUUGGGCUGGUUCAAAACGGAGACAUAAUUACGAUAGACAUUAAGAAAAGAAGAAUGGAUGUUCAUCUAACGGAAGAGGAAUUGGAAGAGCGGCGAAAGAAAUGGAGCCCACCUGCCUACAAGGCAGAAAAAGGGGUUCUUUACAAGUACAUAAGAAAUGUACAAUCUGCAUCAAGAGGAUGUGUGACAGACGAGUGAAAGAGCCACUCUUUCAUUUAUAUUACAGAAUUUUACAUUUGUGCGGCUCAUUUAGAUGUUUAUGAUUCAUUUGAGGUUCCAAUUAUGUAUACUUAUGGAUACUAUUAUAUAUACCUCACGUAAUUUUUUCCAAUGAAUCACAUAUAAUGAAUUAUGUUAUGAUAUAUAGUUAUUUUUCCACAUGGAAAAUCAAACAUGCAUGUUCUGAUCUUCAUAUGUGCGGCUCAUUAUGCAUGCUUCAC